AUGAACGGUAAUUGCUCGAAUCACCGUUCUAAUCAAACGAAUAUCUUUUCGAAAUUUAGCGAACAAGACUUUCAAUUACUUGAGGCACUUGCAAAACGACUAUUGUCACCCGAAAACGGCAGAGGAGAAAAUGAAGAACCAAUAGUAUUAACUGUGCUUGAUCAAGAACGACUGAUAAAACUUCGUACACUUUGUAAACGUUUGAAACAUUAUGAUUUUAUUGGAAAAUUACUUUCAACUAUGUUCACACGAGAAAAAUCAAACGAAUUAUUUCUUCCACCAAUCAAUAAAACGCCUCCUCGAACUCAUUUAUCAUCUCUUUCUUUUGACGAUGCUCGAAUUUCGUUACCACUGAAGAAAAAACCACGAAUAUCAGCAGCACAAUCCCCAACAUCAGUAUGUCCUAUAUUCCACUCAAGAUCUUCCUUCAAAUGCGUGUAA